AUGAACCGGGCAAGACGGCUCUUCGGGACAGCUUUCUCUUGCGCGUCUAUCUCCUUGCUCUGCGUCGGGACGCUGGUUCGCCUUACCGAUGCCAAAGGGACCUAUUACCGCCACCCCGUGCCUAUCCCUUACGGCAACAGAUACAACCUCUAUACCUCAGGAUCUAGCCCGCAGCUCACUCCGGGAAAGCCCAUGGGGAAGCACAAGAGCUACUGUGCAUAUGUGGUGCACAAGAAUGUAACAUGCACACUUCAGGAUGGAGUAGAAAGCUAUGUGAAAGCUGAAUACCACAAGUGCAGCUGGGGACCCAAGUGUCCUGGGAAAGUCCUGUAUCACACAUUAUUCAGACCAAGGUACAAGAUUGGCUACAAGACUGUGACUGAAAUAGCUUGGAGAUGCUGCCCUGGAGUCACGGGAGAAGGAUGCCACGACAGUCCAACUGACCAGCCAGGGCUUUUGCCCCUGCACCCCAGCCCCAGGUUGCCUCCUACUCAGAAGAUGUUUCCAAGUCCUAGAGUUCCCCCUCAUCCCAAAAUCCACGCAGAUCCAUUUCCAGGACCAAAGAAGAACCAUUAUGGUCGAAAAAUGCCUAAUUUGUUUGGAGAUAGACUGGACCGGCUAGAGGAAGAAGUCAGGCGGCUCUCACAGUCCUAUGACACCUUACACAAUAUGGUGAAUGGUUUGGGAGACCACUUAAGACUUGCCAUCCAAGAAGACACCAGUAAGAUGAUUGGAUCCCUGAUGAACAGCCCAAGUGUGCCUGAUUCAACCAUGGGAUUUGGAGUCAUUCCUGAUGGAAUUGUGGAUGCAGCAGACAAAGCUGACCUCUCCCCGUAUCCACCAGUGGGUGAAAUCUUAAGCAAAGUAACUGAAGUGAGUGAUGCACUGAAAAUCAAGACUGACCUACUGGAAGAGGUGCAUGGAAUGGUCCUAGACCAUGACGGACAGAUCAAGCACCUGCUGGAGUCAGCCCGGCCUUCACCCCUGACCUCCAUUGAUAUGCUGGAGGAAUAUGUGGACAGCAGACUUAGUAACCUGCGAAUAGAACUCCUGGAUGGCUUUGAGAAGAAACUAGUGAACAUUCAGACUACAUGUGAUUUCCAGAUCAAGGAAGUGCAGCAGCAAUGUGAGGAAGAGAAAGCUGCCAACAUCCGUCUUCAGCAGACCUUGGAUGGCAAAGAACUGGAGAUCAAAAAGGAGAUCUCCCAUUUGGAAACCCAGAUUCAAGGGCUGACAGUUGUGGAAAGCUGCUGUAGCAACUUGAACUACCUCACCAAACGGAUGGAUAUCUUAGAGAAGGGCCUACACAGCAUUUCUGAGUCUCAAAAGAACCUACACUCCAGGAUGGACAAUGAACUUUCCACUGUCACCUUGGGAAGUCUCUUUGAAGGGCGCUUUGAGGACCUUGAAAUCAGGCUGAAUAUCACAGAGAGGGAAGCAGGAAGUUGUUGCUCCAGCAUGGAGGAUAGCAUGAGAAAUUUUCUGGAAUCAGAGCUGGAUGGCACAAGGACUUUAUUUGAUGAUAAAAUGAGAAUCUUGGAGGAGAGAUUCAUGACCAUUGUAGGUGAUGUAAAUAAUGUCAGCACCAUAGUGGGAAUAGAUGGAGAAUCAAUGCCCAUCUUGGAGGGACAGCUGGCUGCCAUUAAGAAAGAAACAGAUGAGAAGAUAGAAGUACUACAGAGCCGGCUGACUACCUUGGAAAGCACAUGCUUACUGGGUUGUGCAUCCACUUCCAAAGAUGUAGAAAACUUUCGUACAGAGAUUGAAGACUGCCAAAGCAAGAACCAGGAUUUACUGCUCAGGAUGGACAGCAACUCUGACCUAUUGCGGAAACUCAAUGCUACCAUUCUGGAAAUCCAGAGACGGAUUGAGGAAGAAGCAGCUGGCUCCUUGCAAGGUGAGAUCACAUUGCUGAAGAUCAACUUAAACACCAUGACCAAGUCUCUAACUGGGCUGAAGGAUUCUGUUUCUCAGUAUUCUGACAGAGUGUUGCAUGUUAACUCAUCCCUGGAUGAACGGGAACGCAAAAUAGAAGAUGAGGUCCAUUCCAUUCAAGAGAAGAUCAGUGACCAAGGUUCCCAGCUUCUGUUCAGUAAUCAGCGUGUCCUGAACCUAAAAGGAGACCUUGAAAGGCUCAGGUCCCGGAUCAUCAAUGAUAUGAGUAACUGCAAGAGUGUGGCUCUCAGCUUGCAAAAGGAAGUACUCCAGUUUGAUGACCGCAUGGCCCAAGUGGAGAACAUGUGUGGCAGACUGGGUACAGUCAUGGGAAGUCUGGACCAUAUCAGAAAUGAGUUGGAAAAUAAUGCAGGAAGUAUGUGGGGCUACAUGGACCAUAUGAAUCAAACCUUAGCUGCCCACUCUCAGGAAUUAACUGUACUCAAGGAUAACUUGUUGGAUUGCCAGGCAAAAGUCACAGAACUGGCUGAAGACAUCAGCCUCUUAGAAAGCAAGGUGCAAAGAAACCAGCAUUAG